ACAAGACUACAACACUCACUCUCUCUCUCUGGAGGAAAGGUGAAGUGAACAAUCCAGCACAACACAUAAUGGAAGCCUGGUUCAUCGUCAUCGUCUCUCUCUGUGUCUGCGUUCUCAUCAGAGCCAUCUUCUCCCUUUUUCACAACAAAACCAUAACCACCCCACCAGGCCCUCCCAACAUCCCUGUCAUCACAAGCUUCCUAUGGCUCCGAAAAACCUUCUCCGAACUCGAGCCAAUCCUCCGAAACCUCCACACCAAAUACGGCCCCAUCGUAACUCUCCCAAUCGGUUCCCACCGCGUCAUCUUCAUUGCCGACAGAACCCUGGCCCACCAAGCCCUAAUCCAAAACGGUUCCCUCUUCUCCGACCGCCCCAAGGCCCUCGCCAUCGGCAAAAUCUUAUCUUGCAACCAGCACAACAUCAACUCCGCCUCCUACGGCCCCACGUGGCGCACCCUCCGCCGCAACCUCGCCUCCGAGAUGCUCCACCCCUCACGCGCCAAGUCCUUCUCCGAAAUCCGCAAGUGGGUCCUACACACCCUCCUCACGCGCCUCAAAUCAGAUUCACAGUCCAACGACUCAAUAAAAAUCAUUGACCACUUCCAAUACGCCAUGUUUUGCUUGCUCGUGUUCAUGUGCUUCGGUGAAAGACUCGACGAUGGGAAAGUCAGAGACAUCGAGCGAGUGCUGCGCCAACUGCUUCUGGGCAUGAACAGGUUCAACAUCCUCAAUUUCUGGAACCCAGUCAUGCGGGUUUUGUUCCGCAAUCGUUGGGAGGAGUUGAUGAGGUUUCGCAAGGAGAAAGAUGACGUGUUUGUUCCGCUUAUAAGAGCCAGGAAGCAAAAGCGAGCCAAGGACGAUGUCGUAGUCUCAUACGUUGACACGUUGUUGGAUUUGGAACUACCUGAGGAGAAACGCAAGCUCAGCGAAAUGGAAAUGGUGACGCUUUGUAGCGAGUUUAUGAACGCGGGUACGGACACUACUUCGACGGCAUUGCAGUGGAUAAUGGCGAAUUUGGUGAAGUACCCUCACGUGCAAGAAAAGGUAGUGGAUGAGAUUAGAAGCGUGUUGGGUGAAAGAGUGAGAGAAGAGAAUGAAGUGAAAGAAGAAGAUUUGCAGAAACUGCCUUAUCUGAAAGCUGUGAUUUUGGAAGGGUUGAGGCGUCACCCACCUGGCCACUUUGUUUUGCCGCAUGCUGUCACCGAGGACGUGGUUUUUAAUGAUUAUUUGGUGCCUAAGAAUGGGACGGUUAAUUUCAUGGUGGCGGAGAUGGGGUGGGACCCUAAGGUGUGGGAGGAUCCAAUGGCGUUUAAGCCAGAGAGAUUUAUGAACGAAGAAGGGUUUGAUAUAACUGGGAGUAAAGAGAUUAAGAUGAUGCCGUUUGGUGCUGGGAGAAGGAUAUGCCCUGGAUAUAACUUGGCUUUGCUUCAUUUGGAGUACUUUGCGGCUAAUUUGGUUUGGAAUUUUGAGUGGAAGGUUCCUGAGGGAGGGAAUGUGGAUUUGUCGGAGAAACAAGAAUUCACUGUUGUGAUGAAAAAUGCAUUGCUGGUUCAUAUUUCUCCUAGGAUCUAGACUUUGUACCCAUCUCAUUGUAUAAUAAUAAUAAUAAUAAUAAUAAUAAUAAUAAUAAUAAAGUGUUUAUCUAUGAGAGGUUGGGAAUGGUAUAUAAUUGGAAUGGAUAGAUACUUUUUUCCCGUUAAUGUAAGUGUGGUUUAUUGGUUUUUUUUUUGUGUCUUGAGUUUUACAUGAACCAUCCAAGAAGAUUCUCUCCUGCCAUUGGCAUAUCACAACAGGGGAACAUUGUGGCAUAGCACAACGUGAGAUUUAUGUUUUGUAUUUACUUAUGAGAAGUUCUAUUUUGCACUUAGUAAGUUGAUGAGUAGUUUCUUAUAAGAUUUUCAAUGUGGAAUCCA